AUGUUUGCUUCCAUUGAUGCACUUCUAUGCAGAAAUGCAGAAACGACAAAUGCUUCAGUACCUCGCUGUAGCGAUGAAGCAGACACAACCGCUCAAGGAUCUCGUGAAGUUGAUGCAUUCUCUCCCACACCUCCAGCCCUGAAGAGCUCAUGUAAUUCGACCAUUUUCACUACCGCAACAAACUUUGGGAUUGUAACCCAAACCCCAACCAUUGCGACAGCAUCCACAUCGUUAUUUGGCCUAUCCACGCAUACAGAACGCCUACAGUAUCCCAUCCUUACUCCGACUGUUCCUCUACUGUACGAUCAACUAGCACUAACAUUGGGAGCAUGGCAAACCUGGGGAAAAAUGCGCCGUCCUCGAACCGCCUUCACAAGCGAGCAACUAAUCGAGUUAGAGCGCCAAUUUGGCGAGAACAAAUAUCUCAGUCGACCAAGAAGAUAUCAGUUGGCGCAAGAGUUGUGUCUCACAGAAACUCAGGUAAAAAUUUGGUUUCAAAACCGUCGAAUGAAGAACAAACGCUGCCAGGUUUCACUAAGCAAUUCGCCACCAACUUCAGAACCGUCAAGGACUUAG